AUGUGCGGCGUCUUUGCUAUCUGCCAACAGGCAGCUCAAUGCAAGAAAAAGUUUGACCUUGAUGAAGCUCGCAAGUUGUCCAGGUUGGUUGCAUGAUCUGAAUCAGGCUAAAAAAUUCAAUUUUUCAGAAGACAACAUCACCGUGGACCGGACUUCUGUGGCUCUUACCAGGACCAAAAGACCGGUGAUAUCAUCGUUCAUGAGCGCUUGGCCAUCAUGGAUCUAGGAAUCACUCAGCCUCUCCAAGGAACUGCUCCGGACAGACAGGUAAGAAUAGGUUACUGUAGAAGGGACACUCUGUGGGCUCAGGAAGUCGUAGGCUACUUUAUAAUUCUAGAACUACGAAUGCAAUUCUUAUAGAACUUUGGGCACGCUCCGAGCAUAGUGCACUUAGAGCAAACAAACCAAAAUUACGUAUUUAUAGAUAGACCAGCAACGUUUAGUUCACGUGAUUUCCUGUCCUAGUCAAAGUACAAUAAGUUCUUAUCAUUUGUUCUCAUUGUCGUUAUCCUUAUAAAUUUCCGCUCUCUCCUCCCUUCAUUACAUCCCCCUCUCUUCACUUCAUUCACAAAUGAGAGAGAAGUGAGAAAAAAGAAAAGAAAAUCAGUUAAGUGUAAGACUAGACGCGUUCUUUGUGCUGAUACGAGUGACCUCUUGGCUAUUUCCGACAGCUGCCAAGUUUAAAAUUAGAAUUCGAAAUGGCAACUUUUCAGGUUAUUCACAACGGCGAAAUCUAUAACCAUCAAGCGCUGAGAGAUACCGAGCUGAAGAAGUACAAGCUGCUGACUACUUGCGACUCAGAGGUACACUGAAUGAGUUUUGAGACUGCAUUUUUAUUUUCACACUGCAGGUUAUCAUUUUCUUGUACGAGAAGUACCGCGAUGGACACAUCUGCAACAUGCUCGACGGAGUGUUCGCCUUCGCAUUGUGUUGUGACGGAGACUUUCUGGCCGCUCGUGACCCGGUCGGAGUCAAACAAUUCUACUACGGUAUCGAUGCCGAAGGAAGAUACUUCUUCAGGUGAGCCUUAUCCUUUAUGUGCUUCUAGUUCAACUCAAAAUGUUUUAGUAACGAGAUGAAGUGCCUGGAGGAUAGCUGCGGAGACAUCAAGAUUGAAUCCUUCCCGCCAGGUCAUUACUACACCCCGAAGACCGGAUUUGUCCGUUACUUCAACCCGGUGUGGUUCGACUACAAAAAGGCCAUCCAUCCACUGGACCUGAAGCUCCUCCAGACGACUCUCAUCCGUGCUGUGCACAAGCGUCUCAUGUCUGACGCUCCACUUGGAGUUCUUCUUUCCGGAGGCCUGGAUUCCAGUCUCAUCAGCUCGAUUGCAGCAAGAGAAAUGAAGAAGAGAGGUCUGAACGUGCAUUCGUUCUCGAUCGGAGUCGAUCACAACUCCCCAGACGUCGUUGCCGCUAGAAAAGUGGCCAAGUUCAUUGGAACCACUCACCAUGAGUUCUACUUCAGCAUUCAGGUAAGCAAUAGAACUUUGCAUUUGCGCAAUCAAUCUGAUAGUUGCAAUUUAGGAAGGAAUCAAGAACCUACGCAAGUUGAUCUGGCAUCUGGAGUCUUAUGAUGUCACCUCAAUCCGUGCUUCCACUCCAAUGUACUUCUUGUCUGAGGAGAUUCGCAAGAUGGGCAUCAAAGUGGUGCUUUCCGGAGAAGGAGCCGAUGAGAUCUUUGGUGGAUACCUCUACUUCCACAACGCUCCGUCCGACGAGGACUUCCAAAAGGAGACUGUGGACCGUGUCCUUCAUCUGUACACUUCUGACUGUCUUCGCGCUGACAAGUCCUCUAUGGCUCACUCCGUCGAGGUCCGUGUCCCGUUCCUCGACAAGGCGUUCCUGGAAGCCGCAAUGGGAUUGGACCCCGCUUUCAAACGUCCGCAGAAGCUUCAGGACGGAAGAAACUGCGAGAAGUUUGUUCUUCGCAGCGCUUUCGACAUUGAUCAUCCGCAUUACUUGCCUCACGAGAUUCUCUGGAGACAAAAGGAGCAGUUUUCGGAUGGAGUCGGCUACAGUUGGAUCGACUCGCUCAUGCAACACUGUGCCUCAAAAGUCACCGACAAGGAGUUUGCCCAGGCGUCCAAGGUGUUCCCACACAACACCCCGCACAGCAAAGAAGCGUUCUACAUGAGAAAGAUCUUCCAUGAGCUCUUCCCGUCCGACGAGGCUGCCAAAACAGUCAGAAAGUGGAUUCCCAAGUGGCAGAAGAACCAGGAUCCUUCCGGUUAGUUUCGUUGCUCUUUUUAACAUGAAAAUAACGCGUUUUAUUGCAGGUAGAGCUUCUCUGGUCCACAACCAAUCUGUGCACAACCUGGGAGAGGACGUUUGCAACAACAAGUCGGCUAUCAUUGAUCAAUCUAGACCACACGCAUAA